AUGGUUCCAGUAAUUAUUAUUCGACAGAAAAAAGGAAAUACAACAAAAAUAACUUCAGAGACAACAACAUCAACGGCAACUACGACACCAACAAUAAAAAUAGUAACAACGACAACAAAAAAACCAAUAAAUUCUACAACUAGCAUUACUGUCGAUAUAAAAUGGAUACAAAAUGGAACUACAAUUGUUGAAGAACAAGAGUUCGGUGAGACACUUGAUAAAUUUGGCAAACUUGAAGGGUUUUACGUCGAUUAUGAUGAUCAAAUGAUUUAUAUUUGUGAUAGUUGGUUUAAACGUGUUGUUAAAUGGAAAUAUUAUUCAAAGAUAGGCGAACUUACUGUAGGCGACAAUGGAAAUGGGAAUCAAAGUGAUCAGUUGAACCAUCCGAUAGAUUUAAUUAUUGAUAAAGACAAUGAUUCUCUUAUCAUUUGCGAUAGAGACGAGAGACAAGUAGUACGAUGGCCUCGUCAAAAUGGCACAAAUAAACAAAUAAUUAUUUUGAACAUCGAUUGUAAUGAUUCAACUAUGGAUCACGAUGGAGAUCUUUAUUUUUCUGAAUUCGACAAAAACCAGGAACACGAUGAAAGAUAG